AUGUUCAUUAUGGCAUUUUUUUCUUGUGCGUUAUCCCGAAGUGUGAGACUGGGUUUCUCUCGUGCCUUUUCUGUUGCGAGAAUCCCGUCCCAAAUACACAAACUAAGGAGAGUGUAUGUCCUUGGUGCCACAAAGCAUAGUUUUCACUGUAGUGCGCUGAACAGAUUCUGUGCGAAAGACAUUUCGGGACAGUUAGAUAACAGUAACCAGCAGGCUGUAGGGAAGAUUGACCCAAAGUUCCAGUUAGUGUACACUUGCAAGGUGUGUAAUACAAGACAGUCUAAAAUAAUCUCUCAGCUUGCUUAUAAAAAAGGUGUUGUAAUUGUCACGUGUGAAGGCUGUGCCAAACACCAUUUAGUGGCUGAUAAUCUUGGUUGGUUUUCUGAUUUGGAUGGAAAGAAAAACAUUGAAGAUAUAUUGGCAGAAAAAGGGGAGGCAGUGCGCCGUGGCAUGACUGGCCUGGUCCUGGAGCAAAAUGAGCAAGCUAAUCCCAGACAGAAUAACAUUGAAGAAGAAGAAGAAGCUAGGGCACAAGCUGCUUGGGGUUCUGUGCAGGAAACUCUGAAGAUGAUGGCUCAAGAUGAUGAUAAAAUGUCUUCAACCAAUUCUAUUGAGAGUGAUGAGAAAAAGUAG